GAGAUACGCUUUGCGUCCACGUGUCAUUCGCAUCCCCUCCGCCCUCCAUGUGUAAGUGUGACUGCAAUCUGGCCAUCCAGCAUCCAGCUGUCUAGCAUCUCUGGAUCAGUGAAUCAGAGAUCAGAUACACUCAGAGAGUGCUGAAGAGAUGCCGAACAAUAAAACAUACGUAAUUAGUUGUAAAGAGCGAAUGUUCUUUUGUUUAAUGAGAAAUUCAUCAAGAUUUUUGAUCGCAUUAAAAAUAAUUCAGAAUAAUCUGUAAUCAUGUAUAAUCUAACGAAAGGAGCAUUAGAUGAAAUCAUGAAUGGUGUAGAUAUAAAAAAACCGGUGCUUCAAAUAUUGGGUUACAAAAAAAUACCUUCAUCCAUUAAUACAGAUGAUCGAUAUAGAUUACUUUUAUCUGAUGGAGAUAGAUUAAAUUCCUUCACAAUGUUGGUUACUCAUUUAAAUCAUUUGAUAACAAAUAAUAGUUUGACUCAAUAUACAGUUUGCAAAAUAUUAAAUUAUGCCUUAACUUCAGUUAACAAUAAUGGAAAGGAAAGACGUAUAAUGCUAAUAUUGGAUAUUGAGGUGCUAUUUCCUGGCAACGAAGUUGGCUACAAAAUCGGUAAUCCAACAAACACAGAUAACAAAUCACGGCUUGAAUAUGUAACUACAUCUAAUACAUCUACAGCAACAUCUUGCCAGACUAGUAAUAGUACAAUCGAAAAGAAUAUUUUAAAUCAUGAUACAUCUUCUACAUCAUUCUAUAUAAAUCAUUCUAUAUCAACUAUACCAAUUGCAAUAUUAAGUCCAUAUCAAAAUAGGUGGAUAAUCAAGGCUCGUGUGACAAAUAAAUCUGCAAUUAAAACGUGGAGCAAUUCUCGUGGAGAAGGCAAACUGUUCUCCAUGGAUUUAAUUGAUGAAAGCGGUGAAAUUCGAUGUGUUGCAUUCAAUCAACAAUGUGAUAACUUCUAUCACUUAAUAGAUGUUGGUAAUGUAUAUUAUAUUUCGCGAUGUAAAUUGAAAACGGCGAAUAAACAGUUCAGUACAUUGAAAAAUGAUUAUGAGAUGACAAUAACUGAUGAUACAAUGAUUUCGCCAUGUCAUAAAAACUGUGAUAAUAUUCCGAUGCAACAGUUUGAUUUCUGUCCGAUAAGUCAAGUGGAAAGCAAGGAACAAAAUAAUUUGAUUGAUGUCUUGGGCGUCGUUACGACAUUUAACGAUAUACAACACAUUACACAGCGAACUACUGGCAAAGAACUUAUUAAGAGAGAUAUAAAUCUUAUAGAUGACAGUGGUGCAAUGAUAUGUGUCGCAUUGUGGGGGAAAGAAGCUGAAGAUUUUGAUGGUUUUAAUAAUCCAAUCUUAGCCAUCAAGGGAGCACGUGUUGGUGAAUUCAAUGGUGGAAAAAAUUUAUCCCUUAUAAAUUCAUCUGUGCUAAAAAAAGAUCCAGACAUACCAGAAGCACAUAAAUUGCGCAAAUGGUAUGCUGCGGCAAAUCAUUUGGAGAAUGUUAAAUUUUUAUCUAGAUCAAGUGGAGGCGAUUUUAACACGCCAUUAUACACUUUCCGAGAAAUGACCGAAGCACAAUUGGGGGGAAAAUUGAAUUUUACAGAUUUGUAUAAGGUGGUGGCGACUAUUAAUUUAAUUCGCGUGGAAAAUUCUGUCUAUAAAGCAUGUCCUAUAGAUAGUUGUAGAAAGAAGUUGAUUGAUCAAUCUACUGGAAUAUUUAGAUGCGAGAAGUGUAAUAAAGAUUAUCCGAAUUUUGUUUAUCGCUUAUUGGCAAAUAUGAAUAUAGCAGACGCGACAGGCAAUCGCUGGGUAAUUGCCUUUAAUGAAGUAGCCGAAAAGAUAUUGGGUAUAUCUGCACAAGAAUUAGGAGAAUUGAAGGAAAAUGAUAAUGACGAUUAUAUGGAGAAACUUAAUGAGGCAAAUUUCAAAAGGUUCAUAUUCAGUUUGAGGGUAAAAUCGGAAGUUUUUCAGGAUGAGAUGAGAAUAAAACAUACUUGCACAUCAGUUGUACCAUUAAAUUAUAAAACUCAUCUAACAUAUUUGAUAGAUGAAGUUUCCAAGGUGGUACAUAUUGAGAAAUUGGAAUCUAAUUAAAAAUUUCAUUUUGAUAAAAGAUAAGUUUAAGUUUAAAACUUAUUGAUAAUACUUAUUGAUAAUAUACUUAUUGAUAAUAUACUUAUUGAUGAUAUUACUUAUUGAUAGUUGUGCAAUAAUUUAAA